ACUGGCUGCAGGUAUUGGUGUCUGCCUCUUCUGUGCGCGCCCACGCGUGCUUCUCUGUGUGUGCGUGUGUCUCAAUGUGUGUGUGUCUGUAGCAGACAGAGCAAGAGGAAGAGGAGCAGCGUUUCCUCUCCCCCCUCUGGCCUCCCCGUCUCCCUGCUCCCUGUCACUCCGUCCUUCCUCCCUCCCGGACUGCACUGGCCUGGACCCCGUACCCAUCAGCCCCUUUGACUCUCCUCUCUUCACCAUCCCGUCUUAGCCGCCGCAGAACUGCCUAUUGCGAAGAGAAAAAAGAAGGAAACCAUUGUUUAUAUAUACAAAUCCCUUUAAAAGAAGAUUUAGGUAGAACUGUACUGAACAGACUGAUCUCUCCUCAGUCUUCUGGAAGUGUGACAGCACCUGGUCACAUGACCUGGAAGAGAAAAGCCAGGAGCCAUUUUGGAUCCCUUUCUGAAUGGGCUGGUUAUCAACCUGGAAAGAAGUCUAAAGGCUGAUGCGCUGAUCCACCUCGCGACAUAGCUGUGUCCUCUGUCGGCCCGAUCAGGCCAUUUAUGACCUGAGUGCCCCGACCCUGCACUUACUCUGGAGAUUGGUUGGCUGUAAUUAUCAUCUCUAUCGUUCUACUCCUGGGGAUUUCCUGUCACGUGAUCAUACACCAACUUCACCAAUUCCUCCAGUCUCACCAUGGAAUCCAGCAAAGUGCAGUCUGAGGGCGGCCUCAACGUCACCCUGACCAUCCGCCUCCUCAUGCAUGGCAAAGAAGUUGGAAGCAUCAUUGGAAAGAAAGGAGAAACUGUAAAGAAAAUGCGUGAAGAGAGUGCUGCUCGCAUCAACAUCUCGGAGGGGAACUGUCCAGAGAGAAUCGUCACCAUAACAGGACCCACAGACGCCAUCUUUAAGGCUUUUGCCAUGAUCGCCUACAAAUUUGAAGAGGAUAUAAUUAACUCCAUGAGCAACAGCCCAGCCACCAGCAAGCCCCCUGUCACCUUGCGGCUGGUCGUCCCAGCCAGCCAGUGUGGCUCUCUCAUUGGCAAAGGAGGCUCUAAGAUCAAGGAAAUGAGAGAGUCCACAGGAGCUCAGGUGCAAGUGGCCGGGGACAUGCUGCCCAACUCCACAGAGCGCGCUGUGACAAUCUCUGGCACCCCGGACGCCAUCAUCCAGUGUGUCAAACAAAUAUGUGUGGUCAUGCUGGAGUCCCCACCGAAAGGUGCCACCAUCCCCUAUCGCCCAAAGCCUGCCUCCACCCCGGUCAUUUUUUCAGGUGGCCAGGUAAGAGCCGACCCGCUGGCGGCGUCCGCAGCCAAUCUCAGCCUUUUACUGCAGCACCAGCCACUGCCUGCUUACACUAUUCAGGGACAGUAUGCUAUUCCACAUCCAGAUCAGUUGACCAAGCUCCACCAGUUGGCUAUGCAGCAAACCCCCUUUACCCCCCUCGGACAGACCACCCCUGCUUUCCCCGGUCUGGAUGCCAGUCCCCCGGCCAGUACUCAUGAACUCACCAUUCCCAAUGAUCUAAUAGGCUGUAUAAUUGGGCGCCAGGGAACCAAAAUCAACGAGAUCCGUCAGAUGUCUGGAGCACAGAUAAAAAUUGCUAAUGCCAUGGAAGGGUCAUCAGAGCGCCAGAUCACCAUCACAGGAACCCCCGCCAACAUCAGCCUUGCCCAGUACCUCAUUAAUGCAAGGCUGACGUCUGAAGUCACUGGAAUGGGCACUCUCUAAUUUCUACCCAUCAUCCUUCACUGCAUCACAUGACCCUUAAGCCAAUGGCAUUACACCUUGGUUAUUAUUUUUAUCCUCUUCCUCUGUACUAGUCCACCCUGAAUUUUAAAUUAUUAGAACAAUUUUAGAUUCUAUAAUCUGUAUUUAUUCAAAAUCUCCAGUUCAGUGUUGCUCCUACCGCACCUGCUUUGUUAUCUAAAUGCUCCCUUUUCCCCCUAACCUCUUGAUUUUAAAGUACACUUCACUUUUUUGACACUCUAGUACCUGCCAUGUCAUCAUAUAUUUCCACUGUGAGUCAUUCAUGUUGUUUUUUUGUUUGUUUGUUUGUUUCAAAUCAAAUUCUGCUGUGCUGCUGGAUCUGCACCGCUGGUUUAAAAAAUUCAUGUAUUUAAAAAUGAAUAAAUAGUCAGUAGCUCACAAGUACUCCGACGUUCACCUCACACACCAGCUAAUACCAGGAACAGACCUAGAGAUCAAGAAAAUGCUGUGUUUUUUAAAUUCUUUCUUUUCAACAUGACAAAACACACAUUGUCCGUUACAAGCCUGAUUUCUGCAAUCACACUCAGACACAAUGCUGCUGAAAACAUAAAUAAACACAUAGAAAUAGUAACAGCACACAAAGGAGUUACAUGGAAAUGAGCCAGUGUAUUUAAAGUACUCACAUCAAGUAAGACCAUUACUCUAUAGCACAUUUUCAUACACAGCCUCUAUAGUACUAUAGUGUGUAUAUACUGUAUAACGUAGUCAGUAUCUUACAAGAAAAAGUGGUUUGCUAAUAUCUUUGCAAGUAUAAAACUGAUUUCAUUUACAAUUAGUUUUUUAGGCUUUUUAGCGAAAUCGAGUUUAAUGGACAGCAAACAUCUUUUUACCUGUACAUGGGUAGCUAAUACAGGUAAAAAGCCUGCAGUCUUCUCAGAGCUUUUUAAACAUGUAGCCACCCAAUCUGCAGUUUAUACACAGCAAUAUGUUUCUCAGGUCUGAUAUCAGCAAGAUUCAGGAACAUUGUGUGAAGAUAAUUAAUGAUCGUUUUAAUAGGUUUGUAUAAAAGGAAAGGUUUUAGGAUAAGUCUGGCCUGAGGUAAAGCAAAGUAUUGUAGCAAGAAAAAUAAAAUAAUCCUUAGGCACAGAUUUGGCCCUGGGUGUCUACCUUUACAAUUCAUCAAGAAGUCAUUUUUGGCAUUCAGCUUUAAUUUAAACCACCAUAAAUAGGCUUCCCAUGGUUCCCUGAGUGCAGUCCAGACCUCUAUUUUCUUUCUUUCAUUUUCUGGCGCUUUGUUUUCCAUUUGUUUUGGCUAUUUCUUAGCAUAAUUACCAUUAGUGUUAAAAAAGCCUGUAAC